AUUCUGGGUAGGGACAGCCGCAGUCACUCUGCAGCGCCCACCCUCCUACUCAUAGGCUGCCGCGUCCCGUAACUCAUCAUCCAGCCCCGCCCACUCUACCCGCCAUUGGUCGGAGCGUCCCGUCACUCAUCGUGACGUGAUUGGGAGAGAGAGAGAGAGGGUGCGGGGCUGCUAGCUGUGUCCUUGAGAAAGGGGGACUGAGUGAUUGGACCCUGCGACCAAUAGCUAGAGACAGGGGCGGGUCUAGCUGAGUGACGCGUUGCUGCAGCCUAUGAGAGAGUGGGCGGGGCUGGUGGCUUAUCCCCAUGAGCUAGACGCUGACCCGGAAACACUGCCCCCCCACUUCCUGUACACAGAGCUCCGCCCCCGGUCUACUUUGCUGCUGCCGCCUCCUCCUCCAGAUCCCUCCAGACGUCUUCAAACCGACUCCAGUAUAAAGGGUUGCACAGUAGUGAAGAAGACAUCUGGUGAGUGUGAAACACCCAGCAGCCGUUCCAGAAGAUCCUGGAACUCGCCAACAAGAUCAUUCAGCUGCUGACUGGAGAGGAGGAGGAGUAUAUAGAGGAACACAGAGGUCUGUACAAGGACGUGAUGAUGGAGAAUCACCGGCCCCUCACAUCACUGGAUGGGCCCAGUAACAGAGAUACCCCAGAGAGAUGUCCCCGUCCUCUGUAUUCCCAGGAUUGUACAGAGGAGAAUCACAGGAUCCCACAGGAGGAUCAGGUAGAACGUCUGUCUGUUAUGAAGGCAGAAGAUAUAGAGGAAGAAGAAGAGACGUAUGUGACUGAUAUGAAGGUAGAAGAUGUAGAGGGAGAAGAAGAGACGUAUGUGACUGAUAUAAAGGCAGAAGAUAUACAAGGAGAAGAAGAGACGUAUGUGACUGAUAUGAAGGUAGAAGAUGUAGAGGGAGAAGAAGUGACGUAUGUGACUGAUAUAAAGGCAGAAGAUAUAGGAGAAGAGACGUAUGUGACCGAUAUGAAGGCAGAAGAUAUAGAGGGAGAAAAAGAGACGUAUGUGACUGAUAUGAAGGCAGAAUAUAUAGAGGGAGAAGAAGAGACGUAUGUGACUGAUAUGAAGGCAGAAGAUAUAGAGGGAGAAGAAGAGACGUAUGUGAGGGGUGAUCAGCAGUGUAAGGAGGAGGAAAUCCCUACAGAUAUCAGCACAGCAGAUGGACACACAAGCAGGAAUAUCUCAGAAGGACAUCUAAUGAUAUCCCCGGAUUGUGACAUAAAAGAUAAUGACAGCAGACAGGAUUCUCCAGGAGCUAACCCCAUUACCCCAAUUAUACAUCCAGCUCUAUCAGCUGAUCCCUCUGAUCCUGGGAAAUGUUCUCCUGAUCACUCUGAUAUUGGAGCAUCUGUUACAGCUCUGACAGUAGAUACAGUGUUUCCCUGUUCUAUAGAUGCCAAAUGUUUUACACAGAACACAAAUCUUAUUACCCAUCAACCAGCUAAGGCAGGUGAGAAGCCAUUUCCAUGUUCUAAGUGUGAGAAAUGUUUUACACGGAAAUCAGAUCUUGUUACACAUCAGAGAAGUCACACAGGUGAGAAGCCAUUUUCUUGCUCUGAGUGUGGGAAAUGUUGUUUAAGUAAAUCACAUCUUGUUAUACAUUACAGAGGUCACACAGGUGAGAAGCCAUUUUCUUGCUCCGAGUGUGGGAAAUGUGUUAGACGGAAAUCACAACUUGUUACACAUAAGCGAAGUCACACAGGUGAGAGGCCAUUCCCAUGUUCUGAGUGUGGGAAAUCUUUUACACAGAAAUCACAUCUUGUUAAACAUCAGCGAAGUCACACAGGUGAGAAACCAUUUCCAUGUUCUGAGUGUGGGAAAUGUUUUACACAUAAAUCGUAUCUUGUUAUACAUCAGAGAAGUCACACAGGUGAGAGGCCAUUCCCAUGUUCUGAGUGUGGGAAAUGUUUUGCACGGAAAUCACAUCUUGUUGCACAUCAGCAAAGUCACAUAGGUGAGAAGCCAUUUCCAUGUUCGGAGUGUGGGAAAUGUUUUACACGGAAAUCACAUCUUGUUAAACAUCAGAAAAGUCACACAGGUGAGAAUCCAUUUUCUUGCUCUGAGUGCGGGAAAUGUUUUACACGGAAAUCAGAUCUUAUUACACAUCAGCGAAGUCACACAGGUGACAAUACAUUUCCAUGUUCUGAGUGUGGGAAAUGUUUUGCACAUAAAUCAUAUAUUAUUAAACAUCAGAGAACUCACACAGGUGAGAAGCCAUUUCCAUGUUCUGAGUGUGGGAAAUGUUUUGCACACAAAGCAGAUCUUAUUAAACAUCAGAGAAUUCACACAGGUGAGAAGCCAUUUCCAUGUUCUGAGUGUGGGAAAUGUUUUACACACAAAGCAGAUCUUGUUAAACAUCAGAGAACUCACACAGGUGAGAAGCCAUUUUUUUGCUCUGAGUGCGGGAAAUGUUUUACACAGAAAUCACAUCUUGUUAAACAUCAGCGAAAACACACAGGUGAGAAUCCAUUUCCAUGUUCUGAGUGUGCAAAAUGUUUUGCACACAACUCAGAUCUUAUUAAACAUCAGAGAAGUCACACGGGUGAGAAGCCAUUUUCUUGUUCUGAGUGCGGGAAAUGUUUUACCUGGAAAUCACAACUUGUUACACACCAGCAAAGUCACACAGAUGAGAAGCCAUUUCCAUACUCUGAGAAGUAAAUCAGCUCUUGUUGCACACAAUAGACAUCACUCAGGUGAGGAACCAUUUUAAUCUUCUGGAGUAUACUUAUCAUUGCCAUGCAUUGUUCUUCAACGUUCUUAUCCUAUCUCCUAUGCUUUUUGCAAUAUACAUGCUACCGCAGGGCGAAAUAAUCAGACGUCAUGUCCUUAUCUACCACUGCUAUGCCGAUGACCUGUCUUUUGCUCCAGUACCAAUCCUAAAUGGUUGUCUAGCUGAGCUCCAGGUAUGGCUGAUGCCAGUUGACUGUGACUCAGUCCUGGUGAAACAGGUCCUUAUGAUAGAAGCUCUCCAACAAAGGGCAGGGCUACAGCUCAGCUUUGCCUACCAACCAGACUUACACUUGGGGGUUCAGAGUUACAAAAUGCUGAUCCUGUGUGGAAUCUUGGUGUCCUGGAUGGUGGAGUGACACGUAACGGUAUCUGCCACAAUCAGAUCCUCAUCUGAGGAACAUAGCCAGACUCCAGCACUUUAUUCUCUCAGAAGAUCUACCUACAGUCAUACAUGUAUUUGUAUCAUCACGCAUAAACUUCUGCAAUGUCCUCUACCUGGGUCUCCCAGCAAAAGAAUUGCACCGCUUGUAGCUUAUACAGAAUGCAGUAGCCGGGCUGUUACCUAAUCAGCCCGUUCCUGCCACGUAACACCCAUUCUCUUCUCCCUUCAACGGCUGCCUGUAAGAUGGUGACUCUAUUACAUAAUCUUACUGACUCUCCCAGCCCUACAUGACCAGGGUCCAAGGUACCAGAAGCAGCUUCUGCCUCCUUACUGCCCAACUUGCUUCCAUCUGCAGAUGAAGGACUGUUACCAGCAGUACCCAGAAACCCGAAGCAGUGCUGAGAAGUCAUUGCGGAGACAGGGUGGGUGGCACUAUUGCUGUAGUGGAGGCUGCCGAAGGCAGUGUCUGUGGGUAAUAUUGUCCCCAAGCAGUGCUGAGGUGUCAGGGGGAGACACAGGGUGGCUGGCAGUAGUGGGGAGAGAGAGUGCGGGUGACAGUAGUCGGGGGGAGACAGGGCAGUUAGCUGUAGUGGGGACUGCAGGAGGCAGUGUGUGAGAAUCUUGUCCCCAAGCAGCGUUAAGGUGUCAGAGAGGAAGAUGUGGCGGGUGGCAGUAGUGGGGGGGGGCGGCGUGCAACAGUUCGCAGCCACCAGGAGAAUGAAAUUCUGGCUUUCUUGACUGGGUGGGUGGCAGUA